AUGUCUGAUGAAACCCGAGCUGUGUUCUCGGCCCUUGACAAUGCUAGGACUCAGCUCUACCAUUUUAAGGCAAUUGUUAUUGCUGGGAUGGGAUUCUUCACUGAUGCUUAUGAUCUGUUUUGCAUCACUGCAGUCAGUAAGCUUAUAGGCCGCCUUUACUACUAUGAUCCAUCGAAACACGACCCUGGAAAGGGCCCAGGUCCUGGUGCUCUCCCAAUCAAUGUCAACAAUGCCAUCACUGGUGUCGCUUUAUGUGGAACCCUGGCAGGGCAGCUCUUCUUUGGAUGGCUCGGGGACAAACUCGGGAGGAAGAAGGUUUAUGGCAUCACUCUGGUCACCAUGGUGGGGUGUGCAAUUGCUUCAGGCCUUUCCUUUGGCUCCACAGCAAAAGGUGUGAUCACUAGUCUCUGCUUCUUUCGGUUCUGGCUGGGGUUUGGCAUCGGAGGGGACUAUCCUCUUUCAGCUGUAAUAAUGUCAGAAUACGCCAGCCAAAAAACGCGAGGGGCGUUCAUUGCUGCUGUCUUUGCAAUGCAAGGAGUAGGAAUUCUCGUUGCAGGGAUCGUGGCCAUGAUUGUAUCCACCGCGUUCUUGCAUGCUUACCCUGCUCCCAAAUUCCGGGAUGACCAUGUCAUGUCCACUCAGCCAGAAGGGGAUUUUGUGUGGCGGAUUGUGCUGAUGUUUGGUGCUGUUCCAGCAGCACUGACCUUCUAUUGGCGUUUGAAAAUGCCAGAAACUGCUAGGUACACCGCCUUAGUGGCGGGAAACCACAAGAAGGCAGCUGCAGAUAUGGCAAAAGUCCUGGAAACAGUCAUACCUACUGGAGAAUCAAAUUCUAGGCAGGUUCAAGUUGAUCCCAAAUCCUCAUAUAAAUUAGUCUCCAGAGAGUUCCUGAGAAGGCAUGGACUUCACCUUCUUGGAACUACCAGCACCUGGUUCUUGUUGGAUAUUGCCUUCUAUAGUCUCCAACUGACUCAGAAGGAUAUUUAUCCAGCCACAGGAAUGGUACAUAAGGCCUCAAGCAUGAAUGCAAUAGAAGAGGUAUACCAACUUUCUAGAGCAAUGAUCUUGGUUGCGCUUUUUGCAACUGUGCCCGGUUACUGGUUCACUGUUUUUCUCAUCGAUAAGAUUGGAAGGUUCAUAAUACAGCUCGGCGGAUUCCUCUUGAUGUCCAUUUCCAUGGCAAUAAUGGGAAUUAAAUAUGAAGAAUUUAGAGGUCCAGACUUUGACUUCUGUGGUGGAAAGCAAAAAUUAUUCCCCUUCCUCUUUGGAGUGACCCUUUUUUUUGCAAAUUUUGGACCCAACAGCACGACAUUUAUUGUGCCAGCAGAGCUUUUCCCAGCAAGGUUUCGGUCAACUUGCCAUGGGAUAUCAGCAGCAGCAGGAAAAGCAGGAGCCAUUAUCGGUGCAUUUGUGGUGCAGAAUUAUACUCAAGACGCAAAAGGUAUCAAACAGGCAAUUAUAGGGCUAUCUGUGGUGAAUUUGAUUGGAUUCUUCUUCACUUUCUUAGUGCCAGAAACAAAAGGCCGGUCACUUGAAGAAAUUUCCGGAGAGGACAAGGAUCUUGGUGCCGGUGGGAAUGAAGUCUAUGGAGACGACAAGAAUCUUGGUGGCGGUGGGAAUGAAGCCAAUGGAGAUGACAAGACAAGGAACAACAGUACUGAAAUGUUACCAGCUUCUGAUAUGGUUUAG